AUGCCUGAUCAAACAGAUCCUUCUCUUAAUCCGAAUUCCGCAUAUUUUCUUAGCAACCAUGAUGUUAAUGUUUCAAAGUUAGUCAGCAUAGUGUUUGAUGGAAAAUGCUUUAAUGACUGGAAACGUUCUAUGGUGAUUGCAUUAUCAGCUAGGAACAAACUUUGUUUUGUUGAUGGUUCAUUGAAUCAACCAGCAACAAAUGCUCAAAACUUUAGAAUCUGGACCAGAUGUAAUGAUUUGGUCAUCUCUUGGAUUCUAGCUUCUCUUGAACCUUCAAUUGCAAGAAGUGUUCUAUAUCUGAAGACUGCAAGAGAGAUAUGGCUGGAUUUGGAAGAUAGAUUCUGUCAGUCCUCUGGUCCUCAGUUGUUUUCUAUUCAGUUGAAACUUUACAACCUAAAUCAAGAUGAUGAUGAGGAUAUCUCAAGUUUUUUCACCAAAAUUAAACUUCUCUGGGAUCAGUUAGAUGGACUAGAUCCUUUGCCUUCUUGUUCUUGUACUGGUUGUAAUUGCACUCUCACACAAAAACUGUUAAAAUCUCAACAAAAUCAGAGGUUGAUCCAAUUCUUAAUGAAGCUUAACCCAAAGUAUGAGCAUCCUAAGAGCACGAUUCUUAUGAUGAAUCCUUUGCCAACCAUUUCUAAGGCAUAUGGCUUAUUACUCCAGGAUGAUCAGCAGAGAGAAGUGCAGAGCAACAGAAGCUAUAUGAACUCAGAAUCAAUAGUAUUCACUGCUAGAAAGUUCACUGAUAACAAGUACAGAUCACAGUAUCCUUCUAGCACCAACAAUCAAGGUGUUUUUGCUGGAUCUCAAUCAAGAAACACCACCAGAAACAACCUAUUCUGUGAGCAUUGCAGAAUGAAAAAUCAUACUAUUGACAAAUGCUGGAAGUUACAUGGAUAUCCUAAAGAUUUCAAAGGCAAAGGCAAAAGAGUUGCAGCUGCUGUACAUAUGGAAGAUUCCUAUGCUGAUGAUUCAAAUCAAGAGGAUAAAGGUCUGGUUCAUGCAACUUUCACUGAAGAGCAGUAUAAUCAGUUGAUGAAACAUAUCAACCCACACCAGGUUGCUAGCCAAGUUGAGACCAAUGGCUCUAACUCUCUUGGUCUGGCAACCAGUUCUCAACCACAAGUUCAGUAG